AUGAGGAUGGUAUCCAGCACUUCUAAAGUACCUCUACAUCGCUGGACUCGCCUCAAAGCAUUCUUAUCCACCAAAGUCAACACCAUCAAAUUCACCCCUCACUCAUCUACUCCAUCUCCAUACAUUCUCAAACUUCCCCUCGAGAUCCGCCGCCUGAUUUACACUCACCUAUCAGGCUCACACCCUUUCUCCAAACCAUGUAGUAAUCCACUCACCGUCUUACUACACUUAAACCGACAACUCCGUUACGAAGUCUCGGCGUUCUUCUUCAGCUUCCAAUCCCCCGGCUCAUCACAACACAAUCACCCCCUAAUACCAGCAUUCGCAUUUCUCAACACCACGAGAGCACUCACAUUCUUCCACCUCACAAAAUCACACCUCCAUCUUCUGAAAAGCUUAACAGUAAGUGUGGCUUUCGAUAACACGUUUGCGCUGGAAGGUCUCUGGCGGUUUUUGGUGGAGAGGGGUGUUCGGUUGAGGAGGUUGGAGAUCAGGUUGGGUAGCGUGGAGAGUUUUGCGAGAGGCCCACCGGAGGAAACGCUGAUACCAAGACAUGUUGCGUUGGAUGUUUUGGCCAAAGCAAGAGAGAAGAUGAGGGAGCUAGAGGUGUGGUUUGAUCGGGAGGUUGGAGGUAGUGGUGUUGGUGGUUUGGACUUCUAUGGAGAAGUUGGUGAAAAUGAAAGUGUCAGAGGGGUUAGAGAGGCUAGUAACGUUGGUGCUAGCUUUGAUGGAGAUUUUGGGGAUUUUACAUCAUUUCUUGAUAGAAUGACGACUUUGAGGAGUUUGAAAGUGGUGAAGAGGCCAUUAGACGGUUCGCCUUGGGCGAUGGAGUUUGAGAUUGCGGUUAUAAGGGUAUGGAUGAGGAUGUUCGAGGUGGCAGCUGGAGAGGGAAAGUGCGUAAGAAGGAAGAAUCUGGAGGGGUACAUGGAGAGCUAUUGGUGGGGCAAUGAGGUAUCUGUCGACUUUGAAGAGAGAUAUUAG